CAUCAUCACGGGUGCACUCAAGGGAUUUCUGGCUUUGCUACGAUUCUACUUGUCCAGUUUGCUGGGAAAACUUUUUGUAUUGAUUGUUGUUAAUGAUUAGUGCAUGUAUGCUCUGUCGUCAGAGAGGGGGUCGGGAAAACAGUUUAAAGGUUCACUAUUGAUCCAAUUUAGGAGAAGUACAUAUAUGCAUUGCCUGACAGACUUGGGAUUGCUUUAAAAGGGUGUCGCAGACAAAAGAAAAUACAAACAUGGGAAGGACUGUCCUGUGGUUGCUGGUGGCAUUGCUGGUGGUGUCCAGCUGUUUGGGACGUGAAGACGGCUCCUCGGGGCACAGUCAUGGCCAAGGGCGCGGGCAUGGCCAUGGGCAUGGAAAGGGACAAGGAAGAGGGCACAGGCAGGGACGGGGUCAGGGGCACGGACACGGACAUGGACAUGGACAUGGUCAUGGACACAACCAUGACAAGGCCAACAACGUUACAAUGGCCCUGUCUCAAGUGAACAGCCUAUUCGCCUUCCGUUUGUACAGACAGCUCGUGUCCCUGCCCGAGUACCAGAGCGACAACGUCUUCUUCUCCCCGCUGAGCUUGUCUGUGGCCUUGGCCGCUGUGAGUGUUGGGGCCAGGGGUGAUACCUACGAGGCGCUGUAUGAUGGGUUGGGGUUCAACAGCACCAACCUCUCGGAGGAGGAGGUGGACCAAGGAUUCCAGGACAUUCUGCAGAACCUGAACAAGGAGGAGAAGGUUGAUCUCAGAGCUGGAAGCGCUUUGUUUGUGAGCAAUUCUUUCACACCAAAAACAGAUUUCCUGGACGGGAUGAAGACCUACUUCCUGUCUGCCUGCUUCACCACUGACUUCACCAACAGAGCAGAGGCCGCCAAGUCAAUAAAUGACUAUGUGAAGAAGGAGACCAAGGGGAAAAUCACCAACUUCGUGGACCAGUUGGACCCCUCCACUCUGAUGUACCUUGUCAGCUUUAUCUACUUCAGAGGCAAGUGGGAGUUUCCUUUCUCUCCCCAGAAGACUAAAAAUGGAGUGUUUAAAGUCAACGAGACAACAGAAAUCCCUGUGCAGAUGAUGACCAACAAGCAUUUCUACAGGAUGUACUAUGACCAAGAGCUGUCUGCCACUGUUCUUGAGCUGCCCUACACCAAGCGCAUCUCCAUGCUGCUGGUCUUGCCUGAUGCUGACCUGGCUAGCUUGGAGAAGUCUGUGGGCCCUGAACAUGUAGCCAAAUGGCAGCGGUGGAUGACGAACAGGGAGACCAUCGUGUUUAUUCCAAAGUUUUCUCUUGAGACGUCGUAUUCUCUCAGAAGCGUCCUGGGUGGAAUGGGCAUGUCAAACAUCUUUAGCUACAGUGCCAACUUCACGGGCAUCUCUGAAGAGCCUAUUUUUGUGUCUGAGGUGGUGCAGAAGGCCACCCUGGACGUGGACGAGGCAGGCUCCACAGCGUCUGCAGCCACGGGAGUGGGCUUCAUGCCCCUGUCAUACCGACCUGCACUAACCCUCACGUUUGAUAAACCUUUCAUGGUGCUGAUCUCAAACCAGUAUGCAUCAAGUAUCAUGUUUUUGGGGAAAGUUGUCAACCCAGUAACCAAAUAAAACUGGAGUCCUGAAAGAUGCUGGGCUGAGCUCAAGUGUCAGAAUGGUCCAGACA